ACGACGACGAGUAUCCCGCAGCGGGAUGCCUGCAAUGACGUUUGACGCUCUGCCCUAUGGAAUAUUCAGGCGCGUCGCCGUCUGCCUGGACCGUCGCGACAUGGCGCAGCUCGCCAGGGCGGACGUGAAACGAGUGGUGCUAUCCUUCUGCCUGUGGGAGCGGACGACGACUGGCGCCUCCAAGGGCGGGAAGCUUGCGCGACCGCCUGUCGACGAGGAGCAAGAGUGCGUCCCACCCUUGGGGGCGCCGAUCUACAGGUUCUUGGGCGCGGAGGAUCUAGGGAGCAACGGGGAAGGGCAACAUGGCCCCAAAGCGGUGCUGGCGAGUUACCCGCGAUCGGGAAACUCCCUGCUCCGGAAGCUUCUCGAAGAGGUCACCGGAACCAUCACCGGCAGUGACACGCGCCCCGACCGAACUCUGAGCAGGAGCCUUUCCGUUAUGGGCAUGCAGGGAGAAGGGGUGGUCGACCACCGCGUGCAAGUGGUCAAGACUCACUACCCGGAGAGGCCCGGUUUUCGAGCCUUCGAGGCGGACAAGGCCAUUCUUCUCGUCCGUAACCCGUUCGACGCCGUCGACUCGUACUUCAACAUGGCCCUCACCAACACGCACGACCGGAGCCUACACGACGCGGUGUACGAGGAGUUCCAAGAGUUUUGGGACGGCAUGAUUCGGAACGAAAUGAAGGUAACGAAUCCACGAUCAGGUGACGAGGAAGAAAGCGUGCAGGAUGUCGGGUGGUAG